AUGACCGCCGUCGCCGCGUACGUCCUGGGCGUCUCCUCGUCCGCGCCCGCGCGAAAGCUGCUCCAGAUUCCUCUGAUCCCCGGCGAUGUGGUCGAUACGCCGCAGGACCAACUCCCCACCGCGGACACUUCCGAGGGGGUCGAGUCUCUCGCCUCCGCGUUCGACUCUGGAGAUACCGCCUGGAUGCUCACGAGCACCGCUCUGGUGCUGUUGAUGGCGAUCCCCGGCCUGGCGCUCUUCUACGGCGGGCUCGUGCGUCCCAAGAACGUGCUCAACGCCGCGUCCAACGUCUUCGCCACCGUCGCUAUCGUCACCCUCGUGCGUCACUUCCGAGACAAAAACGUUUGGGUCCUGUGGGGCUACUCGAUCGCGUUCAGCGACGUCGAGAUGGAAAAGGGCAGAUACAACCUCCACUCGUUUUUCGGAUCCCUUACCAACGGGGGCCUCACUGGCGUCUCCCUCUUCUCGUCGACUGGCAACUACCCCGCGUCCAUCUUCGUCACGUUUCACUGCAUGUUCGCCUGCAUAACCACGGCGCUCAUCACGGGCGCCUUCGCAGAGCGCAUGAAGCUCACCGCGGCGUGGGCGUUUGCGGUUCUUUGGUCGACGGCGGUGUAUUGCCCCCUCGCGCAUCAGGUGUGGGGCGGGGACGGCGCGUUCCUCCACUCCCUCGGAGCCAUCGACUUCGCGGGCGGCAUCGUCGUGCACGUGAGCUCCGGCGUUUCCGGCUUGACUGUGGCGUCGAUGAUCGGUAAAAGAACCGGCUACCCGCUGAUACCCAAAGCCCCGCACUCGCUCGUGCUGACCCACAUCGGAGCGAGCCUCCUGUGGGUCGGAUGGUUCGGGUUCAACGCCGGGUCGAGCACCGCCGCGGAUUUCAUCGCCGGCCAGGCGAUGCUCGUCACGCAAAUCGCGAGCGCCGCCGGAGUCGUCGGGUGGACCGCCGUCGAGUUAUCAUGCUACGGCCGCCCCUCCAGCCUCGGCAUGGUCUCCGGCGCCAUCGCCGGCCUCGUCGGCGUGACCCCAGCCUCGGGUUCCAUCGGCGCGAUGGGCGCCAUCUGCGUCGGCGUCGUCUCCGGAGCCGCCUGCUUCAACUUUUGCACCUACGUCAAGGAAGCGAUCGGUACCUACGACGAUUCCCUCGACGUCUUCGGGAUCCACGGCGUCGGCGGCGUCGUCGGCGCGUUGCUCACCGCGGUGUGGUGCGCGCCGGACCUCGGGGGCGCGGGAUUCGGCGAGAUCGUCCUCCGCGGCGGCGAGGUCAAGCCGAUUCGCGAGAUCGGGACGCAGCUCGGGGUUCAGGCUGUCUCCAUCGCGUACGCCGUCUGCUGGAGCGUCGCGGCUACUGUUUUGGCCGUUAAGUUUAUCGACGUGUGCCACGGCGGCUACCACCUCCGCCUGCGCCGCCUCAGUCACGUGCGAUCGACGCCCAAGGAGGAGGAAGCCGGCCUGGACGACGCUUACUUCGCCGAGAGCGCCUACAACUUCGCGCCGCAGGACAUGCAAAUCUCGGUUGAGGUCGGGCCGCUACGCGGACGCAAGGGCCACGGCCUCUCCCUCUAUUACACCGACGACGAGGGCACGCGACACCCCAUCGGCUUCAGCGGCGACGCUCAGGACCCGGACGAUCCCUCGCAAAGAGACGCGAUGGCGAGGAUGAACGACGCCGCGAGGCCCCACGCGUUGUCCGACGCAGUCGCCAACGCCCUUUGGUCGGGGGGCGGCACCGUGAACAUUCGCCGCGAGCGGGGCGGCGACGGCAAGGUCACCGCCGAGCACAUCAGCGUGACGCCGGGUGAGAGCCGCGAGGGGACGGUGCGGGGCGGGGAGGACGCGGCGUGA